GAGAGAGAGAGAGAGAGAGAGAGAGAGAUGUCCGUUUCUACCUUUCUCUUCUAUCCCUUUUUUGAAAGAAAAAAUGAAAAAUUCAUUCCGCGAGGUCGUCGUAAAAAUAUCGAUCGGAAAUUGGCUUGGAACGUCGAAGGAUUUCGACUUUUUGCGGGCCGAUUAACUUGGCUGCGCUCGAUCGAUCGUGCCUUUGUACCGGGACAGAGAGAGAGAGAGAGAGAGAGAGAGAGAGAGAGAACAAGUUCCAUAGCGAGGGAUAAAAAAGCGAAAAGAAACUGUGCGAGAAAAAGGCGGAUAUUCCGACGGUAGACGCUAACGUUUGGCGAGUCAGCAAUUAAGCAUGAAAUGUAAACAAUUAUUUUUCCUCCCGUCUAUCAGUUUCGGUUCGUUUAUUUUCUCACUGGUACACACGUUCCAUUCUACACAAUUAUAAAAUCCACAAGGUUGUACUCUAAUAACGGGAGCGAGUCGUGCUAUUGCUAAGAAAUCUUACAAGGCCAAGGAUUUAUCCAAAUUCACGAAGCCCACGUUUUGUAUCACGCUCCUUCCUUAUUCUUUCUCUCUCUCUCUCUCUCUCUCUCUCUCAUUGUCAGUCAUUACCACCAGUAGAGGUUAUCAUUAUUACGUUUGCCUUGUUAUUUUGUCUUCGUUCGAUUCGAUUUCAUAUACUUGUAUCUAUCUCUUUUUCCAUCUCGACGUUAAAAUCUAUGCAUCGAUCGCGAACGGUACAUUUUUUAUAAUGUCGGAAGGUGCGGAGAUUUACGCAACGAUUUCUUCUUGUCUCAGUCUCCUCCCACGUAUACAUGCAUAUGCAUCUCUUAUCGACAGAUGUUGUUGGAUGCAACCCACAUCGACCGACUUUAAAACAUUUUUCUCAUCCGUCUUACAAUUAUAAAAUGAGAAAUAUUGAAAGUACAUUUCAAUCUUCUUUCGUUCGAUGAUAGCUUCCUAAGUUGCCCUUAUUCUCUCUUAAUUAUUCGUAAUCUAUCCGCUUUAAUGAAGAAAAAUGAAAAUGGAUUUUCUCUCUCCUUAAUAUUCCGUUAAUAAUAUUCAACGAUACUAUUUCAUUUGUCGGCUUCGCAUCUUUGUACCAUUGUCGGUUUUGUACCUUUUCGUUUAGUUAAAAAGACGCGCGUCAAAUAAUACCUGACUAGCGUCAUGGAAAGUCCAAUGACGGGCCUUCGCGUAGCCAUAGAAAGUACAUUUUAUUCUUUUCUUCACGACUUAUAUUCUUAUAGAUAUUUAUUAGAACCGAUACUUUCUUAUAUAUUGCGCCACUCUUGUACGAUUAUUUUCACCGUUUAUACUCACCUUACUGUUAGUUCAUUAUAAUAACUUAAGCAUGUAAUGCAAGUACAUGUAUACGCUUGUCGCGUUCACAUAUCGUUCACCGCCUUUCGCUCGUAGCGUACGUGCCUCGGGUAUGGCAAAAUAUGAACUAGAAGCAUAAUAGGGAAGUAUUAUGGAUCGGUGCAAUACGACUUGUCUAGAUAUAUAUAUAUAUAUAUAUAUAUAUAUAUGUGUGUGUGUGUGUGUGUGUGUGUAUACCUAGACAAUACGACAUGUUUGUCUUAAUCGCAUGUGGUUUAAUAAGGAAUGGCACGUAAUGCGGAAAGAUUUAAUAGUCAUUCGCGUAUAAAUCUAUACGCGAUUGAUGCCCAAUGCCCAAAAAUCCUCGCCGACGAACCCUACCCGAAUGAAUGUUGAAAAUAUUUUAUAUGUUUGAUGUAAAAAUAAGUCUUCGUUGUUGCUGCAGGACGAGCACCCUGUACCAAUUCAUUACGUUAUUAUAUGUAUUUAUUGAUAGGCAGAAACUGUGUUGUCGAAAGAAUAACAUUUUUUUCACACGAUUCUUUUAAAAGCAACUAAAAGCUUUUUGAAAAAUUCCAAAAAUACUCGUAUACUCGCUUAAAUCUUUGCAUUUAAAACGAGACCUUGAUCGUCAAAAUCGAUCGAGAAUUAUGACUGUCGUUAGUUUAAACCGUUAUAAAACCAGGGAUGAUCGAAAAGCCUUAAAGCGUUAUAUCGUUUAUAUACAAACAGAGAGAGAGAGAGAGAGAAACGGGGACGCAUCGGUCAGAUUUCGAUUCGCCUCGAUCAUACACACAUCCAUGACAGACCUUGGAAACGAUCAGUUACCUUUGAAAACCGCUCUCACGCGACAGUCGUAUAAAGGAAUAACGUUAAUGGUGAUUCGUUGAUCGGUGACAUAUUUAAAUCUAUUAUAACAAAUAAUAGAAUAGAAAAUCAUGUUAAUGAGCAUAGUAGGAGCGAUAUUUGCUAGCAUUUUAACAGGAACUUAUUAUUACUGCAGUGAAGCGGCGAUGAAGGAGAAAUGUACAGAAAACAUUUCACCGGCGAGGACAGACCAGAGUGCACCGACAAGACCGCCUCGUAAGAGAAGAUCCAAUAAUGGGGAACAAUCAUUAAUUUGUAAUGGAUCGACUAGGAGCGAAUCCUCGAUCGGGAUCGAUCAUGGCCAUGCCACGAAAGUAGUAACGGCUCAGAUCGAAAAGAAUCCUAAUGAAAUAGGAUCCGUUGAUCAAGAACAUUUGAAUUUAUUGAGAAGGAUAUUGUCUUCGUUCGACGUCGAUUUAGCGUCGGACGAAUCAGCGUUAAGGGGAUCGAAAGAGCGGUCGCUCGUGACGUCACCAAACGAUAAACACGAUCACAAGGAAAAGGCUUUGAUGAGGAAAACGGUGAACAUGGUAACGUCCCAGAACGACGAAACGGAAAGAUUCUAUUUGAAUAUUCCACCGAAAACGUCCUCGUAUUUGUCUCGCAAAGGUCAAUCGAUAGAUCAUUCGUUAUUUCAAAUUAAUCCUACGAUCGAUGCUUCUACGUCGACAAAGAUAAAUUAUCAAACGCAAGAACUUAAAGAUUUAUACAAUGAGCAAAUGAUAUUUGAAAAAUAUUUCUAUUUUCCCGAUAAGAAGGGUAAUGAAGUUAGCAAUUCGCAAAACGAUAAUAGUCGUCAAGUCGUCAUUAUCCAAGUGAGAACAUAUCGACCGAGAGAUGUCUAUAAGGAAAAAGGUAAAAACUCGAGAUCCGAGAUUUUAUCAAAUAAUAUCUCGUCAUUUCAUAUAACUAAUUUAUCGGCCAGUGCGGACUAUGCGAAUUCACGAGGCAAAGAAUAUUUGUUGAAAAAAGGGUCAAAGAAAUUCAAAUCAAACAAAUUGUCAAAGCUCUUCCAAUGUCACAAAUAAUAUUGAUAUUAAUGGUACUCAUAUUUAUAUAUUGCUAUAUGCCAAAGGGGAUAGCUCGAAGGAAAAUUUUGAAAAGUGGAAAUCAGUCCGUCAGCGGGUUUCCCGAUGAAUUCAUAUGGAGCUACGGAAGCGACCGAUUUUGCUCGAAUUCACGUUGGUAUGUACGCAUGGAAGAAUUUAUAAAUGACCAUUCGCAGUAUUUUCAUUCUUGUUCUUGUUCGUUAUUGCUUGCUCGCACAUUCUCAAUCUCGCGUUAUUAACUCGAGUUGUUAAUGUUGUCCGAUCCGAUCCUUUACAUUGGAACGAUUCUAAUUUCAAUCGAGCACGCGCGAGCGAACGAAAGGCAAAGAGGAAGGAGGAUAAGUGCAUGAAAAAUUGUCGCUAAUUAUCACCAACGUGCGGCUCGUAAUCGAUUGGACGUAUAUCAGGAACAAAAAAGAAAGAAGAAAAAAGAGAGAGAAAAAGAAGGGAUCGAAUCGUCGUCUUUUUACGAAGAUUCGAUCGGUGCUUCUUAUCUGACCGCGCUCGUUCUCUCGAUAAAUCUACGCUUUAUGCCAUUUCCGCGAUAUCGAGAUAAUCAAGUAACGAGUAGGAAACGCUUAAAACGAUCGAGAAAAAAAAAAGGAAAAAAAGAUGAGCUCGUUACGCGAGUAUCGUAUUAUCCGUAGAUUGGAAUUCGUUUCUUCGAAAUUGCCUUAGAGAAGGAGCUUCCAUAACGGUCCUACGUGAAGUGUGAUUUCUAUCGUGUUAGACCAAGUUUCAUUGGGAAAGACAAAAGUGAUAAAAGAAAAAAAUAUGUCCUUUUUAAACUUUCUCUUCCUAGCUACGUAGACUCUAGGCGAGUAAGUAACUACUUACACUCGUCGUCGUUUUAUCCGAUCUCAUUUGUUUGUUCUUCUUUUUUUUUUUUUUUCCUUCUAUAAUAAAUCAAACAAUAACGCAGCAGUAGCAAUAUAUUGUGUAACAUUGUAUAAUGAAUCAUCGACAAUAAAGUAAUGUGAAUUCGUGUGAAACCAAACGUAUCUUAAUCGAAACGUUAUAUGAUCGCUUGAUUAUUUCCUUUGACUGUCUCGUUAUAAUUGGAAUAAGGACGCGCCAAGAUUCGUGUCCUUUUCCGUUAGCUCGAGAUAUUUCUUUCUUCCCUUUUUUCUACCAGCGUAGGCGAGUGUAUUUGUUUCGCAUCGUGGAUCCCCGUAAUCGAUCGGGCCAACUGCCACCACGAUGAUUGUUAUACUUGACGAAUAAGGUGUAUAGGAAGUACGCCGGAAGCGUCCUCGUUUUUUAUUUCGUCGGUUUCGUCUUUCCAAUCGAGAUUUUCAGGAAAUCCCAGAUCCCGAGCCACACUUUCUUAUUUCUCUUUUCUUCCUUUUCUCUUUCUGUACAAGAUAAAUAAUAUCUUGUACGCUGCUCUCUCCCUCUAAAUAAGGUAUACUUAUAGAGCAUUGACAGUAGCGUGUCGCUUGGCAAUCGCUUCGAAUUAGGUUCGAAUUACUCCGAUCAAAAAGUCCCGAUUUCUCCUUCCGAUCCUACUCUUGCGUCACUACCUUUCUCUCUCUCUCUCUCUCUCCCUCAUAUGCCUCUAGAGGCUCACGCGCAUCGUUUACGGCCGAACACCUCGCGCGAUUCAAUGACGUAUCAUCCUCUCAUGACUGCUAGCCAACCAUUUGCGCACAUUUUCCUGCCGACAUGACAUUUUCGUCGUUCCAAGAUGAUCGUUCGGCCAAGAAAAUAUUAAUAAUAAACCCGUCGAUUUAGAAACAAUUUUUUUAAUGAAAAAUUACAUCCUAAGCCACUUGGACGUCAGUCAUUAAUAUCCACUAUCUCUCGUUAGAUUUUUCUUAUUUGUCACGUGAAAUACCUUUGCUUUUCCGUUCGUAAUAGCGCGUUGCUUAGUCGACGGGGAUUAAGAGGAAAAGAUUUUUCUUUUGGAAUAAAAAUAUAUUGAAUAAAAAAAAAAAAGAAAAAAAAGAAAAAAUGAAUGAACAUAUUUAAGUAUCUACUUAUUUACGCGCGCUCACGCAUAUAAUAUAUGUACGUGUUACAUACUUAUGCGAGAGAUAAAUAAAACUCGCGAACGUAUUUACGUACCUAUUCUUAGCCUUGAUCAAGCUCUAUCGUAACCUUGAGAACGCUAAAGCGAGAUCGAACGGGUAAUGGAUCGAUCCUUAAAAUCGAUCGAAAGGAAAUGGAAAAGAGGAACUUUGGUCUCGUGUCGAAUUCAUUUAUUAUUUUUAUCGGAAAAGAAGCUUGUAUGCGUGUUAGAUAUAUGAGUAAGCAUUUAAUUAUCGAUGUAGACUUCCUCGAAGGAAAAGAAUUGUUCUUCUCGGGAAUUAGUUCCUUUCCUCGUCGAUGUGAGCGCGAUCGAAUAAAAGGUUGACAAAUCGAAAUGAUCGAGGUAUAUAUUUGAGGCGAGCCGAUGAUGAAAGGGCAGUUGAGGUACUCAAGUAACUAAAUAGAUAAACUUUUUCUAUGUAAAUGGGAGAAGAUGAUGUAACGCGACACGCGUGUCUCGAUUGCCUACGUUGCCGGCCUUGAUCGGAUCUCGGAAGAUAAAUAGGGAGAGACGUAAAACGAUCGUUAAUUAUUAUCGUUAUUUAUUAUUGUUUCAUACGUUUCAUGCAGUUGAGAAAUUACGCCGUCGAAAACCGUAACGAUCGGCUUUUCCAAGCGUCUCGUAUUAUUUCUUUUGCUCUUUCUCCUCUCGUGUGCUAAAACGUACUUUCUUUUUUCUUUUCUUGUUUUCCUUUACAAUCGUUUGCAACGUUAUCUUAUUUGUUAUCUUUAUCUUAUGUAAAGAAAAGAAGAAAAUAUCGGAAAGCGAUAGAAACGAUCAAUGAUCCAAGUUCACGAAGGCACGACCGAUCAAACUUGGAAAUAGCUUGCGAAAUUGAAUCGGCGUAGAUGGGGUGCGUGUAAAAUGAGUUCGUUGAACUUGCGUUAGACCUUAAUUACCUCCGCGAAUAACUACCGACCUAUAGCUCUUACGUAUACCAUAUACACGAUAUAAAAGCUUAUGGUAGAUCGAAUUAUUUCUCUGCGCCAACCGUACUCGCGUUAAUUCGAUCGAACGAAUUCCAUUAGAAUUAGGGAUAUGUAUUUUGCGCGUCGACGAGGGAAACUUGAAAAGCAACGAUCGAUAACGCGGAUACAUUGUACGGUACUUACCACAAGUACUAAAAUUGUUUCGUCAUCAUUGAUUUUCUAGUCUACGUGCGUCAGCAGAUUUUCAAUUCAGAAAGAAUGCCUCGAACAUUGCCAAGAAAUUUGACUUUUUUCUUUUUUCAACGAAUUUUCAAUAUCUCUAACGAAUAACGAUAAUCGAUAUUGGAUCUCAUGCUCGAUAAUUGAAUUGUUACGCUUUACGUUUUACCGUAUUCGCUUUAAUGAUUCCCAUUAGAUCGUGCAACGAUGAAAUUAAUUUCAAAAGAUCCCAAAGCCUCUUGUCUCUUUUCUUUUCCCUGAAAAGAUAAAAAAAAAAAAAAAAAAAAAAAAGAAAGGAAGAAAAGAAAAGAAAAGAAAAGAAAAAGGAAAAAAAAUGGAAAGGGCUCACAAGCUCCGAUAACUCAUCCGACGUAUUUCAUAGGGUAGCUAUCCUCGAGGAGAUAGCUCCGAGGAUAAUAUAUGUGCGGUCUUAGCCGAUCCUGGAUUUUCUCCGAAAGAUGCACUAUACACUUUGGUGGUAUUAUCCUCCGACCGACAUUAUCGCCGAAUCUCAGAACACUUCGGGGCCUGCUGUUUCGGAUUUUCAUAAAUAAAGAUGGGUGUUCGGGAAUGUCGGAAACGACUCAUUCGAGUGAGAAAAAUGAGAGAAACAUAAAUGCACGCCCAAUGAAUAUAGGCGAGAAGCCAUACGUACCUUUUACGUACCUAGGUAGAUCCGUUAAACGGGCAAUGGCAAUCGCUAACGGAUGUAUAUAUAUAUAUACAUAUAUAUACAUUCUCUAAAUACGGUGCUUAAACGGCAUUAGAGUAUUAGGAAUAUCGCCGUUUCGUAGACGAGAACUCGCGUUGAUUCGAGAAUUUCAUAUUCAUUACCCGGCUAACGACAAAAUUAACACGCUCCGAUGACUUUUCACCGAUUAGUGAUUAGGCAUGAAACAAAGAAAGAACGGAACGGCAUAAGUGAACUAUCCUUGAACUCGUUGAGUCCGCCGCCGUCUAGCAUAGCAACGCCAUUAACGAUUCUCUGUGUCACGGAUAAUUGUAUCUCUCUUUCUUUAAAUACGUCGCAAUUAUCCAUAUUGCGAUAAUAAGAAUAAUUAAAAUACGCUCAAUUACGUCUCCUCGCGAUAACUUAAUAAUUUAUAAUCAACGCUUGAGACGUGGGCUCGAUCGCCAUAUCGGUAGAUUGGUAAUUUCAUAGAGUUGCACUCGUUAAAAUUCUAUACAUGAAGGCAUUUAGAUAUCGACUUGAGAUUUAUGCGUUUUUUCCCUUUUAAAUUCGUACGACGAAAGUCGGACCGAUUAUGUACAUGUCCGGUGAGAGAGGUACCUGUAUACGCACGAGUUCUCUCGGGUCUGACAAUGACCCGAUUACGAAAUUACGGGUAUGCACGAUCGUAAAUUGUAUAGUACAAGUCCCAAGAAGGAGGAAAGAGCUUGAGGAAGGAAGAAAUAAAAAAAGGAGAAGAUACUGACAGACGUAAUUAAGAAUUUGCUAUUAGUCGCUUCGAAAGGAGUUGCUAAGAAGCGAGAGUGCCUUGCUAACGGCAAAUGCUACGAACGAGUCAAGGUCUUCGUCAAAAGUGAUCCUCUUCAAAGGAGUCUCGUCAGAUUAAAAGAAAUUGAAAAGGAAUGAUCUUAUAUUCCCGAUAUUUUUUAUUUAGCCAUCGAAGCACCGAAAGUGAUUCAAACACGCAGGGAGCAUCUUCGAGAGCUUUCGCGCCGUCCGCGUCGUCGUCGUCGUCGUCGUCGUCGUCGUCGUCGUCGUCGUCGUCGUCGUCGUUGUUGCUGUCCAUGGAUUACGCACGCUCGCGAUGGCGAGCUCUCGUAAUUAUUAAAAUCCUCUCUGGUUGCCUGACAGAGUGUCCCUUCUGCCAAUGACACGCUCAUUGUUCUCCCGUCAAACCCAGGCCGAGGUUUUCCGAGCCCGUAGAAACCCACUUUGGCUUUGAUCGUUCGCCGUCAUAAGUUUUGCGAAGACAUUCUCCAACGAUUGAAUCCAAUUGAAUUCGAUCGGUGAUAUUUUGUUGCUAUUUAUUUUUUUUUUUUUUUGUUUUCUUUUUUAUGCUCGAAUACUCAUCGACUCCUUCGUGGACUUGAGAAAACUCGGGCGAACGAGAUGGAGGAACGGAAAUAAAGAAACCUCUUUUACUGAUCAUCGAUGAUAGAUCUGUCGUCGACAGAAGGAAAUAAAAAUAAUUAUAUUUAAUAUUUGGUCAAAAAAGAAAAAUGCUAAACCAACGUGGUGGAGCCGUCGCUAGUUCGUUGCGUCGCUUUAAUCCUUGAAAGGUAGGGAUCUCGAUUUCUGGUCGAGGUCGAAUCGAAGUCCGCGUUCGAUUGCUUCGGUGAACGCACCGUCGAGCAUAGCUUAUCACUGUCCUUAGUUAAAUUAUGCCGGACCGUGAUUCACAGUGAAAAGAGAAAAGGAAAGAGGCAUGUAAACUCGAUAAUAAUAUAUCCAUAUUGUGCCAGUGGUGCAACCAUUUUGGAGAAAAAGGAAAACAGUGCUUUUGCAAACCUUUUUCCUCUUCUUACUCGCGGAGCCGCUUAAACCACAAAAUGAGCAUAAAAGGCAGAACGAGCAACGAAACUUUUUUCACUUCAUUUCGUUAUAUUUUCAUUCUUCUCGAUUGAAAUUUUCUUGUUAUUAUAUAUAAAUGAACUUUACUCCGUUUUACGUUUUCAUUGUUUUUUUCGCUCCGAAAUACGCGCGUUUAUCUGCGUGUGUAUGUAUGUAACAUAUGUAUGUAAAUAGGUAGUUAUGCGUCUUCCAGUCGCACACUUGCCUGACCGCUUCGUCACUCGCACACCCCUGACGAUGAAUAUUAAUUGCCAUUGGCAUUUGAAUAAAGUUUGUCAUAAUAACUGUAUCUGACUCUCUCUCUCUCUCUCUCUCUCUCUCUCUCUCUCUCUCGCUCUCGCUCUCGCUCUCGCUCUCGCUCUAUCGGUCCGUCGCUCUAUCGCUUGUCGUAUCGUACAUAAAUCACGGAGAUCCGAUUAUAACUCAGCUGCACUUGUCGUGCUCGACUAUGAAUUAAAGAACGAUCAAUGGAACUCGUACAAUCUAUCGCCGUCAAAUAGAUAGCACUGAUUUAUAUUAUAAAGGAUCUCUUUGAAAACGUAGAAACUCUUGCAAAUCUAAAUGAUUGUUAAAGAACUUUUUGUUAAAACGCGGAAAACGGAUUCGAGAAUCAAUUUUUUUUUUUCGAUGAGGAGAUCGAUAGAAUAUGGCGUCCAAUGAGCGCACGGACAAUCCUAUUAUUUUCUUAUAAGAACGGUGAUUAAGAUCAAAGUUGAUUUAUUUGCAGGAGGGUGUGGAAAGUCGUUUCGUCCUAUGCUAGACGCGCCUUUUAACGCGUCAACGCUCAAAGGACGGAGGCGCGUAAUCGAACGAACGGCACACUCCUACCCAAUGAAUAUUCAUCGGACUCUUCGUUCGACACGCCUAUACGUCUAUUCGUUUAAGCGUCGCACGCUACCGACACGUGCUCUAUUCGUUUUAUAAUAAGACCGAAGGAAGACCGAAGGAAGACCGAAGGAAGACCGAGGGAAGACCGAAGGAAGACCGAAGGAAGACCGAAAGAAAUCGAGAAAGAUUUAAUGGAAGGGAAGAAAUUUGAGAAAAGACAAGUGCCGGAUCAUUUCGAUUCGUUGUCGCAGACGUGACCGUGCCAAAAGAAGAAGAAGAAGAAGAAGAAGAAGAAGAAGAAGAGGAAGAAGAAGAAAAAAGGAAAAAGGAAAAAUGCAAAAAGAAACGAGAUAACGAUCGGACGAUUCGAUUAUCGAAGGAUUAGCAUAAUCAAGCGCGUUUGGUGCGUUUGCCGCAAUGAUUCCGUACCGCUUUCAAGGCUCUUUAGAGAUCGAUAGAUUCACAAUGAGGAAAUAAUUGCUAUACCAUUGUGCGAGUUAUUGAAUGUGCGUCGCCGAUAGUGGAUCUCGCAAAAGUGUUACCGAGUCGGGUCGGCAUUCUCAUUUGCCACGUAUUAUUCUCGUUAAAAUCUAUCAUUAACGAUUCAAUUAUUUAAUAAACGUACCUAAGUCUAAAUAAAAUCACAACGUUUUGCAACGGCGAAUGACGGUUAAAUAAGUGAAUAAUGGCACCUAUGGUGCCUUGUCGUCGAAUCGUCUUGAACGAUAGACAUGGCGACCGCACGCCGAUAUCAUAGAGCUGCCGCGGGUACGAGUCUAAGAGGCGCGCACAAAGGCCUACAUACAUACAUACAUAGGAUAUAUAUAUAUAUAUAUAUAUAUAUAUAUAUGUACACGUAUCCGUGUAAAUCGACCUUUAGAACGUUUCCGCGAUCUUGCCUGGUAAUUAACGUUACGAUCCCAACUACCCAACGACGUAACGCACUUUAUGCGCCGCUCGUAUGAAUCGUGAACCAACGAUCCUUUUUGUUUCCUCCUUUUCCCCCAUGGUAAAAGACGAAUGGUGGAAUGACGGAACGGAACAAAGAUCCCGUCUAACUUUUUAUGUCCGCGUUUACUCGCGCGAACAUUAGAUCCUUCUAUCGCCAUGAAUCACAAAAGAUCUGUUAUAUUAUUGUGACUGUAGUGAUGAAUUCUGACCUUUUUCAAUAUCUAGGCGCACACGUGCGUAAACACAAGGUUUACAUGUGCGCACUAAUUUCUGUCCCGGUCCAGAAAAUUAUUAUUUAAACGGGCGUCGCGCGUCUACUUACCUAUCUGGAGAUAGGCUCGUGCAUGCACAUAACGAAUUCUGUUCUAUCUCGUAACGUUUCCAUCGGCCUUGAUACACGAAAGCGUGAUAGCUAACGUGGUAGUCACGUUUCUCGUACCAACGUUGAUGUGCGAUUGUUAGAAAUAUCAUAUGUGUCCCGAAUGAAAAUAGAUCUUUGUGGAGAUAUCCGAAUUUUACGUGCGAAACGCAAAACUAAUUUGCAUUUAAAAAUCCUAAGGUCCUAAGUGACUCACGAAGGAUUGCAAUAAAAUAAAGGGAACGCGAAGGAUGACUCGAUAAAAAUUAAAAUUUCUCGUGGCAGAAGAUUAUAGCGCUUAAAGCAGUAAUUACUGGCUCAAGCUCUCCUCCAUAUUUCUCAUUCAUAAGGGUUCAUUCAUUGGGGAAAAUAGGACGACGCGAGGUAACUGAGUACUUACCUACGAGGAGUAAGUACUUAAUUGCGUAGCUGUCUACACAUGCAUACGUACUACGUAGGAACUAUUACGAGGGAUCGUCUCGCAAUAGCUUCGAUCGAACGCAUAUCUCAUGACUUUAUUUAGCUUUCUCGAUCUGACCUAGAAAAAAGGUAAGACGUACUGGUAUUGCGUUAUUACGAAGCUAUCUAGAAUCGUUCGAUCGAAAUUUAUUGAUUUUCCCUGAAAAAGAAAGGAAAAAAGAAAAGAAAAAGAAAAAAUUGAAGAAAAAAGGAACAGAAAAAAGAAGCGCUCGGAUUUUCCGAAUAAUUUCCGAGAGACAUAGAUAAAUAGUAAGCAGACGUAAUAGUAUGCGUUCCUCGGUCGGGACUUCGUAGAAGAAUCAACGUUGUUCGUGAAGCUAUUAAAAAGAGCAAAUAUUAUAUUUCCAACGUUCGCGAUGAUCUUCCAUCUGUGACUCAUCGUGAAACGAUACAAAAUAGAUGGAUAUUUCUUUCGCUUCUUUCGACGAAACUCGAUUGCUAGAGGAAAUUAAGUACUGUCUCGGGAAUCCUUGGUACGGCCGGAUUGGUCGGAUAAACGGAAUUCGCUUUAGAGGCUCUUGGGAGUUCCCGAGACGCGUAUACACGCCUCCAGGCGCAACUACUCGUGACGUAUUAUUCGUGACGUCGACGAGCACAUGUGCGAGCGGUCGUAGCGUGCCGACGAUUGAGGAAAAUUUUACUACCUUUUGCGAUAAGAUCAUCUAACCUGGGCUCAUUUUCACUCAAUUCCCAAUUUACAAAAUUUUCCAUUAUUUACGUAUUAUCCUUUCCUUUCGACGAUUACUCGCGAUCGUUAACGCGAGCCUAGCUAUGAAUUUCACUUUUCUUCAAGCUUUAGAAAGUGUUUUCGUAUUUUUUAUGGAAAAAAUUCCGAUGGCCGAUUGAGCGAGGUUUGAUUUCUCCAUAGAUAGAUAUAUCUAUGUACAUAUAUAUAUACAUAUAUAUAUAUAUAUAUAUGUACGGAUCGUCGGUAGUCGAAGCGUGCGAUAGCGAUUUUAACGGCUUCCAUGUGAAUCAACGCAAAUAAUCGCGAAACCGAGCAAAAUAGCAUCGACUAAUAGGAGUCGGGAAGAAGGUAUUCGCGAAAAGUAGAGAAAUAGGUAAGGGGGAUGGCAAAGGAACGAACGAAGGGUAUAGAACGUAUUUACUUGCGUAUUUGUUUCUUUCUUUCGUAAGUAGCGCGUUUUAUCUAUUAUCCGAUCGUAAAUCAGAUCGUACGAUAGGAGGAGCACGAGUUUUCUAACGCGGAACCGAUGUAGGCUCGAGAAUUUUUAAUCGCAUACAAAUUAUGCACAAUCGCAAGGAGAAGUGAAUAUUCAAGGAGAGUGCUAUUAAUCGAUCUACGAGAUAUCGUGAUUAAUGGAAAAUGCCGAAAUGCAAUCGAUCGCUGAUCUACGACUCUUAACUAUAUACUUAUCUAUUACAAAUUUCUCAUACGAGAAAUUAGCGUACGUACAUGACAUUUGUAUAUGACGUUUUCUCGGGCUAAUAGCUCGCGAAUGGAGGAAAAGAAUAAUUCGUUUUGAUCCUUGGUACGAGAUAGAAGCAGUACUUUUUUUUAUCUAAUAUUGAACAAACGUGCAAAAUGAUCGACAUUGUGUUCGCCUUCUUCCGUAAACGUACAUAAUUACUUACCUACCGAGGUAUGUAGGUAAUCUCGGCCGAAUAAAGAUAAAGAAAUAAUGAACCUACGCGCUAUCGGGUUUGGAAUCGAUUUUCUUUUACUCGGAAAGAGAUGGCGAAUUGGUGAAAAAGUGACGAUUGUCACGGUGAGUCCCAUGGGAUGGGGAGAGGGCGAUGGAAAGUACGCGCAUUAGAAGGACGAGAGGAAGGAGGGGGAGAGAAAG